AUGUCCCAAGGUUUGCUCAAAUUCUUUGCGACACCGCGAAUCAUCAUCAUCAAGCAAACAGCGGUGCACUUCAACAGCAAAGCCACAAUGGGCAAGUCCAAACAGGUCCAGGUACAUCAAGUCUUCGACAUUCGCUACUACGAUGGCGUCAAGAUGCAAAGAAUCCUCGAGGGUCUCUUCCCAGAGCGAAAAGGGAGUUUUGGACUCCGCAUGACUAACGACCAGUGGGCGUUCAGAGCCCCCAGGCAAGUGACCCGAGAUGAACUCGCGAAGGCCGAGAUUCCUCAAUCUCGAUGA